AGAAUACAAUAAUAUUUUCGAAGAUUUCGUUUCGAGUACGUAGGUUAAUUUACUGUCUAAUGUCUACAUCAUUCUUUUCAUCGUUUAUUUAACAACAAUUUCAAGAAAACAAAAAAACCCGCUUUCAGUCCGAAAAAUUAAGAAACAACGAUAAGGUGGAUAAUAGUUGAAUUCCAAAGUUUUAAUGAAAAUUUUUGGUAUUGAAGUCAAGGCCAAUUUGCCCAAAAAUUGCGAACCUAAAAUCCAAAUAAUCUGCAGUGUCACUAGGUGUUAGGUAAAAAUUAAAAUGUCACUGAAACCAAGAAAAGUAGAUUUUGUAGCUACUUGGGAGGCAAUUAAGGAGACAAUAAAAGGGGUGAUCAGCUUGAAACAUGUUCCACGAAGUGUUUGGAAUGAUAGAUUUUCAGAUGUUUAUGCACUAUGUGUGGCUCAUCCGGAACCAAUGGCUGAUAGAUUAUAUCAGGAAACGAAAAGAUACCUGAUAGAUCAUGUAACCUUACUCCUCCAGAAGGUUCAGAAUGAUGGAGAGGAAAAUUUAAUCAAGAACUACCACCAUUAUUGGUCUCAUUAUUCUGUAGGUAGCCAAUAUUUGCACAGCUUGUAUUUAUAUUUGAACCAGCAACAUAUUCGUACCCACAAAAUGUCAGAUGCUGAAAUUAUAUAUGGCAGUUCUGAUUCUUCAGGAGGGGAACAGAUGGAAAUAGGUGAGCUGGCUCUGGAAAUAUGGCAGUCUCGAAUGAUUUUACCAAUAGGUCAAAAACUAGUAGAUCUCUUAUUAGAAGCAAUAGAUGCUGAUAGGGCUCAAAAAACACUUCCUGUCAGCAUAGAGGCUAUCCGAGGUACCAUUUUGAGUUUUGUAGAGGUGCAAGGUUAUAAAAAAAAAGCCCCGCUUCAGUUAUAUCAAGAAUUGUUUGAAGAACUGUUCCUAACUGCUAGCGGUGAACAUUUUAAGCAAGACGCAUCUAGACUACUGCAAGAAAGAGACGUCAGUUUGUAUAUGGAAAAGGUUAAGCUAAAGCUCGAGGAAGAAAUGUUCAGGGCUAGGAGAUUCUUACAUAGCAGUUCUCUGCCUAAGGUUGCCCACACUUGUGAAGCUCACAUGGUAGAAGAACACUUAGAAUUUAUUUAUAGUGAAUGUAUGAACAUGGUUCAAGCUGAAAGAAAAAAAGACCUCUCAAACAUGUAUGAUUUAUUGAAGAGUGUUCAAGAUGCCAUUCAAGUUCCUGUUGAGACUGUUUUAGAGCAUAUUAAGACACAAGGAUUGAAUGCCAUUGGCAAUCUUCAGGGAGAAAAUAUUCACAUCAAUUUUGUUGAAAAUUUGUUAAAUGUGCAUAGCAGAUAUAAACUGCUCAUUCAGGAAGUGUUUAAAUCAGACCAGAAUUUCAUGGGUGCUUUGGAUAAGGCUUGUAGUUAUGUUAUAAAUCACAGACCUAAUGGUGGAAAGAGCCCUUGUCGUAGUCCAGAAUUACUGGCUAAGUAUUGUGAUACUCUGUUGAAAAAAUCUAGUAAAGGUGUUAGUGAAUUUGAGGUUGAAGAGAAGUUGUCACAGAGUAUAAUAAUAUUUAAGUAUAUUGAUGACAAGGAUGUGUUCCAAAAGUUCUAUUCUAGAAUGCUAGCAAAACGUCUCAUACACCAACAAACGCAGAGCAUGGACGCUGAGGAGACAAUGAUAAAUAGAUUAAAACAAGCCUGUGGUUAUGAGUUUACAAGUAAAUUACACAGAAUGUUCACUGAUAUGUCUGUCAGUGCAGAUCUUAACAAUAAGUUCCAAGUCUAUUUGAAAGAGGAUAAUAUUGAUCUUGGUAUUAACUUUAGUAUUUAUGUCCUCCAAGCUGGUGCCUGGCCACUGGGUCAAGCAGUUGUUACACCUUUUGCUGUGCCUCAGCAACUAGAGAAAAGCGUACAGAUGUUUGAAGCAUUCUACCAUAACAGAUUUAAUGGAAGGAAAUUGACUUGGCUUCAUCAUCUAUGUCAGGCUGAAUUACGAUUAGGUUAUCUUAAGAAAUCAUAUGUUGUCACUGUGCAAACUUUCCAAAUGGCUAUUUUACUGCUUUUCGAAAAUACAAAUACUUUAACUUGCAAAGAGAUAAGAGAUACGUUACAAUUGAAUGUGGAACAUUUUCAAAGACAUGCAAUAAGUUUAGUAGAAUCAAAACUAUUAGUGGCAGACACAGAGGAGCUGACAGAGGCUACAGUUCUGUGUUUGAAUAUGGAUUAUUCGAAUAAAAGAACAAAGUUUAGGAUAACUGCUGCUGUACAGAAAGAAUCUCCACAAGAGGUGGAACAAACUUUAAAUUCUGUUGAAGAGGAUAGAAAAAUGUACCUACAAGCUGCUAUUGUUAGGAUAAUGAAAGCUAGGAAAGUUUUGAAACAUAAUGCUUUAAUACAAGAGGUUUAUGCCCAGUCGAAAACCUCAUUUGCUCCAAGUGUUCAACUUAUAAAGAAAUGUAUUGAAUCUCUAAUAGACAAGCAAUAUAUUGAAAGAACUGCACACUCCAGCGAAGAGUAUAGUUAUGUAGCAUAAUUCUAGACGAUUUGUCUGUGAGUAAAUAUAGUUAUUUUUUAUGAACGAUUUCGAUUAAUUUAUUUUUGUACUGCAUUUCUCGUGAAACUGAUGAAACAACAUGAGUACUUUGUAGUUAUAUAACUUUGGGUUUUCCCCCAAAUUGUUUAGAUUAUAUAAUUUUGUUAUUUAUUGUUUUACUAAUAAAUCAAAUAAAUGACUUAGUUUCAUCAUUCAAUUGAAUGUUUCAAGGACGGAUGAUUCAGGGAAGUUACUAAAAUAUGUUAAUGAAAUUUAUUUUUAUGUUCAUAGAAAAACAAAAUCAGGUACAGAAACUAGACCUGUUUGUAAGAUCUGAAAUUUAUAAGAAAAUUCGCAAGAGCAAAUCUGAAUGAGUAUUACUAUUAUAAUUCAAUCAAUAAUUUCUGAAAUUGAUAUCUUAUAUGAUGAUAACGCUCCUGAACAAUUCAAAUUGACAUAAAGAUUUUUGUGUCUAUAAUCAACAAUUCCAAUAGAUUUUUUGAAGAAAUGUUAAAAUUAAUACUUUUGUAAAUAAAUAUGAAUAUUAAAUUUAUAUUAUUUCA